AUGACACCGUACAAAACUCUAUAUGGUCGUCCCUAUCGAGACCCGCAAUAUUGGGCAAAAGUGGGGGAACGAAGUUUGCUGAGACCUGAACUCGUCCAGGUUACCACGCAGGUCUCCCCUAUGAAGGGUCUGAUGAGGUUCGGAAAAAAAGGGAAGCUUACACCUCGUUUCAUCGGACCUUUGGAGAUCUUAGAUCGUGUGGGAGCCGUGGCAUAUCGCCUAGCGCUAUUGACCGCACUGACUAGUAUCCACAACAUCUUCCACAUGACUAUGUUAAAGAAGUACAUGCCAAACGAGUCACAUGUUGUUAGCUGGGAGCAGAUUGAACUUGCCGACGACGCUUCUUAUACUGAAGAACCCAUCCGCAUCUUGGACCACAAGGAGCAGGUCCUUCGAACUAAGACAAUACCAUUAGUCAAGGUUCUUUAG